AUAUAUGCUUUUUUUUUUUUGGUUGGCCGCUUGCAGUAAUUUACCAGCUUGCCACUAUUUAAAUGAUAGCGCUACAAUAAUUGUUUUUUUCUUCAAAUAAAACUUAAAAAGACGACUGAUUGUAUAUAAAUAAAGUGAGAUAAAAAAAUAUUAAACUAAAACUUGGUUACAUACAUAUAGCGGAUACCAAAUUUUAAUUUUAUCAAAUAUGACUUCGCUGAAACGAUUACGUACAUCAGGGUCGAAAAAAAGCUUAGUAAAAAAAUAUGACGUUACAAGUCAAAUUACAACACGUUCCUCUAGCAAAAAAAAUAAUAAGAUAUUUUUUCACCAUGAUGGUGAUGAUUCAUACGCCAAAGAUAUAAUGAUAAUUGAGCGAGUUAAUGAUGAUUGCCUGGCUGAAAUAUUUACGUAUGUACCAACAUGUGAAAGACCAAAAAUUGCACUGGUAUGCAAAAAAUGGAAAAGAGCCCUUGACGAUUCUUGGUUUCAUGUUAAAAAACUUGAAUUAACUUAUUGGCGAUAUGAUGAGGAUCCGAAUUUUUUAAAGAUAAAAUAUCCAACAGUCGAUGAACAAUUCAAUUUUUUAAAAUCACUGCUUUUUAAAUGUGGUCGUUAUUUAAGAGAAUUAGACUUGUCAGUCUAUCCUCAAUGGAAAAUAGUACCAGUUAUUAAUGAAUAUUGUCCAAAUCUUGUAAAACUUCGAAUCAGAAUCGAUGAUAUUUAUCAUGAAAUAUUAGAUAAUGCAUUUUCAAAUCUUUCUAAACUAAAAGUAUUGAAAAUUAUAUUUGAUGGUGCUCUUUAUGGUUUCGAGCCAUCGGUACCUACAGCUUUGAUGAAUUCACUGUUAAACGUUGCUGAUACAUUGACUGAUCUCAAUAUGUCAAAUUGGUGUGGAGGCAUAGUUGGCAGCGCUCAUUUUCCAGAAGAAAUGACUAGUGUGGUUUUUCAAUUAAAGGCCUUAAGACGAUUUGCACUUGCUGGUAUAGAAUGUCCCAUAAGUUUAUGCAACUAUCUUGACAAUUUUCAAACAAUAGACGGCGUUUAUGACGACACUUUUGUCAAGAAAGCUAGAAAUAGUAAAUAUUUUGCCCAUGAACGUAUCGAGGUAUUAGAUAUUGUUGGUUAUCGAAUUAACGAUGAUAGUAUAUAUAAUAUUGCUAAUAAUAUGAUACGAGCACACACACUACGUCUGUCAUGUAAAAGACUAACCGAUACUGGUAUCGUUACAUGUACAAAGAUAAAAAAUUUAAAACACCUUGGUUUUUUCGGCUUUAAUAACGCCACUGACUCUUCAAUUAAAUUGCUCAAAAAUAUGACACAUUUAACGACACCAUGCAGCAAUAAAAUUACUGAUGAAUCAGCCAUCAAAGUUCUUGAAAAUUCACCAGAGAUGGAAUAUUUUUGUGUUGAGGGCACAGGUAUAACACAUAAAUUUAUCGAAAAAGCAGCUGAAAUAUCAAGAAAUCGUAAAAGAAAAUUAAAAGUAUGUGUUACACUUGAACGUGGAAUUGAAUAUGAAUCGCCUUAUUUGACAAUUAAUUACGCUGAAAAAAAGGAAAACGUUUAUAUGUAAUUAAUAAUUAUAUAUAUAAUAUACUAUUAAUUUUUACAAUAUGACAAAAAUAAAAAUAAUUUUUAUAUUUUCCUAAUCAAUGA